CACACACAACUCCAGAAACUCAAGCCAUCAAGCUUUUCUUAUUUCGUUUUACCUUUUGCUUAGCCAUCAAGUCCUUAAUCUAGAGGCAUCGAACCGCAGCCGAGAAUAAGUUCCUUCCUCGGCUAACGAUUGCUUGAUAAGUCAGAUCUACAUCCACUACACCUACAGUUGCACACUUGGCCUUCUGGCCGUGUGCUGGCACGCUCCGCAUCUAUUCAUCAAGAAGGACAUUUGUUCCUUGAUCCCUCGGCUGUAUAGGCCGAGGUGAUUUUCAGAGGCAACAUCUUUUGGCACGCCCAGUGGGACCCAAGAUUACUAUUUUCUUAGUAAGGUUGAAUGCAAGGGAAGGAGGUUAGUCAACAAAAACAAGACAACCCAUACAGUGUAAACAGGGGAAAGAAGUGUCUUCGGUGUGGAGAGUCAGGACAUAAUUCAACUUUUUGUCCAUCACGGCCGAAGCUCGAUCUUACUCCAAUCAGAAUGUCACUUGAGUCAAGUGGGAAUGGGACCUCAGACGCUUCGUCGGUAGAGCAAUCAGCCGAUGAACGUAGAGCUCAAGAAGCAGCAAAGACUGCAGCAUCCGAACUAGCCGCAAGACAGGAGGCUACACAAGCAGAGGCAGCCGAUGCCGCUGCAAGGCAAGAAGACAUGAGACGAGCAACCGCUGACGCAGCCUUGGCCAGGCAAUCUACUGAAAGUCCGUCUAGAGGCUUGCCACUUAAUGCUUUUCAGAGUGCCUCGAAUAGUGUAACCACUCCCGGUGCUAUCAUCCAUGCAGCACGAGAUGGUAGAGUUAGAGAUACUGUGGAAGAUGAUUAUUUAGGGCCGGCCGGAGUGUCAGCCGAGUAUAUGUACAAAGCAUUGAAUGAAGUUUUUAAAUUGCAGACGAAUGAACUCGCUACUCGAGGAGAAAUCAACAAUAGAACGUUGGUAGAUCAGUUAGCUACUGUUUUGGGAGAGAAUACUAACCGAUCAAUCGGAGGAUUGCAAACAUCUCUUGAGCAACUGAACCAAACAAUGGCGGCUAUGGUGAAUGGUCAGAACACUUUGCAAACCUUGCUGAUACAAAAUCAACAAGGCCAACUCAACCAAGCACUUCAACCUCCAUGGCAGCAAGCUCAUGCUUAUGUUCCACAGCCACUAGCUCAGUUUCCUAUUGGUGGACAGCCGUUUCAAGCUCAACCCCAAUUUGGAAUGGCCAAUAAUUACGUGCAACAGCCGAUAAAUAACAACAACGGUUUAGGAGGACAAAAUCCACCUAGGAAUGGGUUAACAGUCGAAGAAAUAAGGAGAAUCUGUGAAGAAACUGUAGGGCCGGCUCCUAGAAGAACGGCCAGGCCAAGAUACACCAAACCAUAUCCGGAAAGGGUUGAAAACAGAGACUAUCCGAGGGGAUUCAAAUUUCCCGACUUUCUUUUAUUCAGUGGAGAUGAUUACCAAUCAACUAUAGCACAUAUUUCCCGGUUCACCGCGCGAUGUGCUGAGCAUUCUAGAGAUGACGAUUUGAAGUUGAAGUGGUUUGAGAACUCACUGACCGGCCCUGCUCAUGCUUGGUAUGUCAACUUGGCUCCUAAUUCUAUUCAAAACUGGGCCGACAUGGAAAGAGCUUUCCAUGAGCAAUUCUACAGAGCCGAACCAGAAGUCACAAUCACUGAUUUAGCAAAAAUGUAUCAAGCAGCACAUGAGUCGGCCCAAGAUUUCUUGGAUAGAUUUAAGGCUGCAAGAAACAAGUGCAGAGUUAACUUGGGGGAGCUAGAAUUUGUCCGAAUAGCUCAACAAGGUCUAAAUUACGAGUUGCGCAAGAAAUAUGAGGGAGUUGAUAUUAGAGACAUUUUUGAAUUAACCACUAGCGUGGCUAGAUAUGAGGCAAUCAUUAGAGAAGAGACUCAAGCCAGAUCAGCCUCAAAGGGAACUUAUUAUAAGAAGCCUACUGUUCAUGCUGUGGAGGCCAAUUUCCAAGGUUUGAAGGUCGAGGAAGAAGAUUCGGCCGAGAUCAAUGCUGCCGAACUAUUUGUAAACAAGCCAGUGGUUUGUAAAGCCCUUGCAAAGCCAACAAACCCAAUCAAGGAUAAACCUCAGCCGAUAACAUACCAUACCAAAGAUGGCACACCUUUAAGAUUGACACCUACCCGCACUUACACUUUUGAUAUCACAAAGGCUGACAUAAUUUUUGAUCAACUUCUUGCUGAGAAAGUAAUUAAAUUGCCAAACGGCCAUGUUAUACCUAAGGCCGAUGAAACUAGAAAUAAGUCUUAUUGUAAAUUUCACAAUUCUUGGAAGCAUUCUACUAACAAUUGUGUGGUUUACCGUGAUGCUUUGCAGGAUCUCAUCGAAAAAGGAAAGUUGAAGUUUCCAGAGACGAGCAAACCAGCUCAGCUUGUCGAUACCGACCCUUUUCCAGUCAACAUGGUAUACGUCAACUUCCCAAGAGGCCACAGGAGGAAUUGGCCAAAUAUGAACUUGUCUGAUCCUAGGGCCCGAAUGAGGUAUAUGUUUCGUGACCAGAGGAGGGAGCCAGUUUAUAAUAGUCAGGAUGAGGAUGCAUACGAUAUGACAAUGCCACCGGCUUUGAAGACCUCAUCGUCAUCUACUUCAAACCGCCGGCCAGUGCUGUGAUUCUGUGCAGCCGUUGCAACUGUGAGG